AUGGACCAGAACACACGGCGUUACCAAUUGAAUCCUUUCUUUAUACAUAUACAAGCUAUACCAAAUAGGAGCAACAGCAAUUAUUUAGCGUUCAAAUAUCCUCUUAAGGUUAUUCCUUCUCAGGAAGUCCCAACCCAGCUUAUAGGCUUUGCCACAGCAGAUUUCCACAUCGUCGAACAUCAGGGAUCUACUCAAAAGUAUCCGGUUCCAUCCAACAAAUACAGCUGCUCUAGAAUCGACUACGCUGUUUCACAGAACGCCGAUAUUCAGGGAGCUAUUGGUGGUUCACAGAUGUUCAUGCGCUAUGCGAGCAACUUUUGCGGUGUGCAAGGCCUCGACUUUUACAAGCAGUCAGACGGCAGCUACAAGCUGUACAUUUAG